GGCCGCUGGGCCGCACUGAGAGCUGCCAGCGGCUGCGGCGGAUGGAGCGCCCAUGAGUUUCGGGGCAGAGCCACCUGGCCGGGCCCGGGAGCGGCUGGACAUGGCCUCGUACUGCGACGGCUCGGGUGUCUGCCCGGCCCCGCACAGCCAGGCCCGGGCAGCCUCGCACCCCGCAGGCUACGUGCGCAGUGACCUAGAAACGACGGGCGGCGGCCCGCGCCUGUGGUUGAACGCCCCGGGACUCAGCCCCGCGCCCUUUGCGCCGGGCCCUGGGCAUUCGUCCCCCUACGCGCCCCCGGGCUAUGCGGCCCCGGGCCCGCUCCUUGGCGCCACGGGCGGCCUGGCGGGGGCAGACCUGGCCUGGCUGAGCAUCUCGGGGCAGCAGGAGCUGCUGAGGCUAGUGCGUCCUCCCUACUCCUACUCUGCGCUCAUCGCCAUGGCCAUCCAGAGCGCGCCGCUGCGGAAGUUGACGCUCAGCCAGAUCUACCAGUACGUGGCCGGCAACUUCCCCUUCUACAAGCGCAGCAAGGCGGGCUGGCAGAACUCCAUCCGCCACAACCUGUCGCUCAACGACUGCUUCAAGAAGGUGCCCCGCGACGAGAACGACCCAGGCAAAGGCAACUACUGGACCCUGGACCCUAACUGUGAGAAGAUGUUCGACAACGGGAACUUCCGAAGGAAGAGGAAGAGGAGAGGGGAGGCGGGCGCGGCCGCAGUCUCGGGAGCCCAGAGCCCUGGCGGAGCCCCGGCGCCUGAGCUGGAUGCCCUGGGCGCAGGGUCCCCGGACCUGCGGGCCUCGCCAUCCCCGCCGGCGCCCGAGUCUGCCUCCUGCUUCUCCAGUUUCGCCUCGGCCAUGGGCGCCCUGGCUGGCGGCCUUGGCUCCUUCCACGGGGGGCUGGCGGGCGACUUUUCUUUUGGGAGACCAGCGACCGUGGCUGCUAACGGUCGCCCAUCCCCUGGCCCUUCGCCUGGCUUCCCCACUGGUCAUCAGACUGCGGCCAGCGGCUUCCGUGUGGGUCACUUUGUGUACAGCCGGGAAGGGACUGAAGUUUGAAGGGAGCCCGUGGAGCACCGAGUGUCCGCUCCAGAGGUGCUGCGCUGAAGGAAGUGCAGGUCCUCCCCUGACAAAGGCCCCCGGAGCCAACAGGUCCGGACCGGCGGGGAGGGAGCAGGGCCCUCAGAGCCCCAGUGCGGACUGAGCUGACCUAGCCCGGCACUCACCUGCCCCGCACCCAGGAGACCUGUUGGUGCAGCAAGUGGGCUCUCCCGCUGACUCCUCCCAGCUUUUCAGCUCUCUGGCCGGAGAUCCACACUCCCCCAGGGUGGGGGUAGGGGGGGGGUCUGCCUUAAAGGGACCAGAGCUGGCUCUUGGCCCCAGCUUUUUUAGGGAGCUGGGGGAUCCCAAAGAGCCUUCUUCUUCCUGCUGGUGGGAGGGCAGCCAGGACCCUGUCUGCAGAGAUUCCUGGCUCCGGCCCUGCCUGGCCACCCUCCUUCCCUCCCCACCCGGGAUGCCUGGGAGCUGUGUCGAGGGAGAUCUGGCAUUGGUGGGCCUGAGCCACACUUCAGACGGACUUUCCAAUGGCCGGAACUGCCCACAGGGGUGGGGAGGGAGAAGGGCUGCCAGGCAGGCAGCGAACCCUGGGGACCCCAGCCCCUCUCCCUGUCACUGACCCUGUUCCUUAGGCACCCCCCUGGGGACCACAGGAGCGGUGCCAGGUCCCCAGAGUGCCAGGAUGGGCUCCCGUUUGCCCUCUCCCCACCCCUCCUGCAUUCACACAUGCUCAGGGGAGGUGGCCUGAGGCCACCCUGGGGUCCCUUUCCUCUCUGUCCCUUCAUUUGGACAGAGCUGGCCCCUGCAACAGAGCCGGGCAGUGGCCUCCUGUGUGAAUUUACCUUUCCUCCUCCCCACUUUGUAUUUACCAGAAGUUAAUCUUUGGAGCCAUUAGGAGGUGGCAUUUUGUUUGACCUUGGUGUUCCCCAAGUCUUUGGCAGCUGCCCCCCACCACACCCCCCAGCCACCCCUGUCCUUCUGGUGUCUGUAGGAGCUUGGGGCACUGGGCAGGCAUGUUCCCCUUGCCUGCACUGGAGACCGGGGGCUUUCUCCAGAAGAGACCAGGGAGG